AAAUUUUUCUAAUUGUGUCUAUCAAAAAUUCCAGGAAGUUUCUUCAGUUAGACAUGUAUAGUUUACACUUGCAGCCAUAGAAAGCAAGGUAAUGGGAACAGUUUAAAAUCAUGUCAAAAACUAUUCGUAGCUCCCUAUGCCUUCUUUUCAUUGUGAUUUCUAUAUUCAACCUAAUUCACUGGGGGAUUUCCCUAAACCGCAACAGGGUGAAAAUCAAGCAGUUAAACAAGGACACUGUGUUUGUGAGAAUUGGUAACGAGUAUUGUGGUCGUUUGAAAAAUAGGGCGUUAGAGACGAGAGAAGGAGACAUAUAUUGCGCGAGAUACAGAGAAAACAUUGAAUUUAUUCGGGGGGAAUAUUACACCACGGUUCUUUCGUCUAUACUUGGUAUACGAAACACACCAGACGUUUACAUUGAGCAGGUCAAACCAGAUGCCGAACUUUGGCUGCGCGUUUGGAAAAAUCUAGAAGCUGCUGGCUGGCGCCCACUCGCGGUUGUGUCCAUUACUCUUUUUAUCCCCGAUCUUCAGACGGUUGAGUUUCCGCCCUACCUAAAAGAUUGCAUCAACUGUAAAUUGGACAAGGAGUACAAUGAGGAGUUAACGCCCGAAGAAAGCAACUUUCUUACGCAGUGGAGUGACAUGAUUUUGCUUGAUUACGUCACUGGUGACGUAGACCGCGUCAUAGGUCACGUGCAUAACCUUAAAUGGGAUGAUCGUUCUUUUAACCGACCCGUGCAUAAUUUAAUGAAGGACCAAGAAGGUUCUCUAUAUUUCUUUGACAACGAAUCAGCUUUCGGACACAGCUACCGCUUGCUGGCGCGCUACCAGACUCUCCAUGACGUCACGCUUAAGCGGGUUUGUGUCUUUUCGAGAAGAACCAAAAAGAAACUGACAGAACUCGCCGAAAAAAGCGUUGACGUUUUAAAAGAAAAUUUCAGAGGCACCGAAUUGGUUCCACCGCUGCCCGAAAAAGAUAUUUUGACUUUAAAAACGAGAUUAUUAGAAGCUGACACACACGUUCGGUUAGGAUGCUCGUACAAUACGCCGUAUUUUCUCUACCCAACAUCAGAGUCAUAA